AUGCAGUCCCUGAGACAGAUGCGGCCGGCAGGCAAGCUCCUGAACCAAGCCGCGAAGCGUGCAUACAGCGCCUCGGCAGCUGGCCCUUACACCAAGACCAUCGACAACCUGCGCAUCAACUCCGAGACCAAGGUGCUUUUCCAGGGCUUCACUGGCAAGCAGGGAACCUUCCACGCGCAACAGGCCAUCGACUACGGCACCAAGGUCGUCGGUGGAACGAACCCCAAGAAGGCUGGCCAGGAGCACCUCGGUCUUCCCGUCUUCGGCAACGUCAGCGAGGCCGUCAAGGAGACUGGCGCCGAUGCCACUGCCAUCUUCGUCCCCCCCCCUCUGGCCGCCGCCGGUAUCGAGGAGGCCAUUGCCGCUGAGAUCCCCCUCGUCGUCUGCAUUACUGAGGGUAUCCCCCAGCAUGACAUGGUCCGCAUCACCAACAUGCUGAAGACGCAAUCCAAGACCCGCCUCGUCGGCCCCAACUGCCCCGGUAUCAUCGCCCCCGGCCAGUGCAAGAUCGGCAUUAUGCCCGGCUUCAUCCACAAGCGCGGCCGCAUCGGUAUCGUCUCCCGUUCCGGUACCCUCACCUACGAGGCCGUCAACCAGACCACCCAGGCCGGUCUCGGCCAGUCCCUCGUCGUCGGUAUCGGCGGUGACCCCUUCAGCGGCACCAACUUCAUCGACUGCCUCAACGUCUUCCUCAAGGACGAGGAGACGGACGGCAUCAUCAUGAUUGGCGAGAUUGGUGGUUCCGCCGAGGAGGACGCCGCUGACUUCCUCCGCGCCAACAACACCGUCAACGGCGGCAAGCCCGUUGUCUCCUUCAUCGCCGGUAUCUCCGCGCCCCCCGGCCGCCGCAUGGGUCACGCCGGUGCCAUCGUCUCUGGCGGCAAGGGCGGUGCCGACUCCAAGAUCUCCGCGCUCAAGUCCGCCGGUGUCAUUGUCGAGCCCUCUCCCGCCGGCCUCGGCAAGGCCCUCUACGACGAGUUCGUCCGCCGCGACCUCUUGUAA